AUGUCCGCGGUCUUACCCAACGAGUGUCUCCAAGAGAUAUUUAGCUCUCUCGAAGGAGAUUUCUUUACACUUCAUUCAGCAACAUUGGUCUCUCGUACUUGGUGCAAAAAUGCAAUGCCUAUUUUAUGGAGGGAACCUCUUCGUCGAGACCCUCAAAGGACAAAUCUUUAUAGAAUAGUACCAAUUUUCCUAUCAUUUUUACCACCCGAGAUAAAAGAGGAGCUCCAGAUGGAUAACACCUGCAUUGUUAAGUUGCCGAAACAUUCUUUUUACUACCCUUCGUUCAUACGACAUCUCGAUUUCAAUAAUCUUAUAUUGGCUGUUACCAAAUGGAUCGCCAAGUAUCCUCCGAUCAGUGAAACCUCACAACUUUAUUAUAAGAGGACGAAGAAAGAAAUCUCGGUGGAUUAUGUUAAACGGAAUGAUCUUGUUAUGGCGAUUCUAAAUUCCAUCAUCACAAUCUCCGAGAACAUUGAAGUUUUAAUGAUAAACAUGGGCAAGAACCUUGAUACCAUCAUUUACGAUUUCUUCAAGAAUGAUGUCGCGAAAUUUUUUGCAACACCGGAAACGGGUCGUCGUUUUUCACGCUUAAUUCACUUUGAAUGCAGCGGAAAUGUUUCUUUGUCUGGGAUUCUUUCGGAACUAUCAAAACAUGCGAGAAAUUUGGUUUCGUUGUCGUUUUGUCAAGGAGAGAAUUCGGAUGAUUGGCAUGAGGAUUUGAUAACUCUGAUCGCGUCACAAAGCAAGCUGAAGCACUUAAGGCUCGAAUGGUUCAAGAAUGAGGAUACUUCACGGACUCUGAGCGCCCUUUUCGGACAUAUCAACUCCCUCGAGAGAUUUACGAUGAUCAAUGGUAUCGGGGAGUUGGAGUUUUUGACCAGGUGUUCGAACAUUGAGCAGCUUCACUUUAAAGGACAAAAUUUCACCGUGGAACAGAUAUUUCCACUCUAUUUUGCCACAUUUCCGAAACUGGAAUCCCUACAAUUCAUUAGCUUGGAGGAUCGACGGGGCUACAUAAAUCCCUAUAUCCAAAUAUUUCAAAACACCGGGGUAACUUCGAAUUUAAGAAACCUUAGCCUUUGUAUCAGGGGUGUGCCUCAUCAUUCAAUUCUUCUUGAGGCCAUCUCACAAAUUUGUCAUAAUUUCACCUCAUUCACCACCCAUAUAACAAAGAGCGAGGAUGGAAACAAGAUUCUGUCGAUCCUUCGUAAUGCAAAGAACCUGCAAAGAUUAGAGAUAUUAGCAGAGGACGAUGAAGUCAGGGAAAUUUUCACCGUAUCACAUCGUCAGGAGGCAGGCGAUCUGCUUUUGGAGAUGGCAAAAAUCCUUCCGAACAGUUUGCGCCAUUUGAAUCUAACGCAAUUUGAAAUUUGCGAGGACAUUUUUAGAUGUUUUUUGCAAAAAUGCGAGGUGAAACUUGAAUCAUUAAUCUAUUCCAGCCAUCACUCUUAUGAUAGUCGAGAACUCUUUAAAAAAGUUAGCGAGGAAAAGGGAUGGGGGAUGAAAAAAAUUGAAACCAAACGGGAUGGGUAUGCCACCAAAAUUUCCGUGGCAUGGAAGGUAUGA